CUUCUGUCACUGAGAAUCACCGGGAAUCGUGAGAAAAGCAUCGUGUAUUUUCCACAGAAACCACAAUAAAUAGGCACUCUUCUCAGGUGUUUCACGGGAAAGUGUGUGGCGCGAGUGUCGGAGGUGUGAGCAAGCAAACAAGCGCUGAGCAAGAGAGACCAUCGUGUCAAUCCUAAACGCGUGCCGAAAAAAUUGUUAUUCAUGCGUCCAAAAAAUCUAUACACAGUUCCCUCCUUAAAUUUGUGAGAGUCGGACGCUCUGGCGAGAGACUCAUCUCGUGAUCCGCUUCAGAUACUGCUAGGGAGGCCUUCAAUCACACUUCUCGGACGCUCCCCGAACUUAUUGGUGCCAUUUAUUGGGGGCGAUUUUCUAAGAAGCGCGAUUCAGUUUGCACAGAGCAUGACAAAUGAUAAGACAGCAGAUAAGAUAAAGUGGAAAGUGUGACUUCAGCGAGUUCAGUGUUUCUGGACAUUGUAGGCGCUUCUAAUUGUGAUUUUUGAGGCCGCAAAAAUGGUGCAAAAGGGUGAAAAAUCUUCAAGCACGAGAGACGAAAUGGCAUCGAAGAAGAUCGAGAGUGUGGUUCCAAAACAGAAACAUGAACUCCUCAAGUGGAAUGGAUGGGGCUACAAUGACUCAAAGUUCUACGUGAACUCUGAAAAAAUUCUAGCCUUCAGUGGUUCUCGGUAUCCGAUUGGUGAGCAAGACUUGCCGAACUUCACGAAGUGGGUUCUGAAGAAAUUCCACGUAGAUUUGGAUGACCCUCAGAAAUCUCAGGAUAUUCCCCAAAAUCUCCCCGAGCCGAGAAUCAGCCAGGAGUUUGUGGACAACCUGAGGAGACUGCAAGUGGAUUUCUCAACGAGUGGAUUGGAUAGAUUGAUUAGAUGCCACGGGCAAACUCUCUAUGACAUCGAGACUCUGCGUCGUGGCACGUUUAAGAGGAUCCCUGAUGUUGUACUCUGGCCAGCUUCCCAUGAAGCCGUCGUGGAGCUCGUUGAGCUUGCGAAUAAGCUUGACGUGGUUCUCAUUCCCUUCGGAGGAGGCACGAGUGUUUCUGGCGCCAUCACUUGUCCACACGAUGAGAUGCGCACGAUAGCGGCCGUGGACAUGUGCCAGAUGAAUCGGAUGCUGUGGUUGGAUAGGGAAAACCUGGUGGUGUGCUUCGAGGCGGGAAUUGUGGGUCAGGAUCUCGAGCGCGAACUGCGGAAACUCGGCCUCACCGUUGGCCACGAGCCCGACAGCUAUGAGUUCUCCACUCUGGGCGGCUGGGUGGCCACUCGAGCCAGUGGCAUGAAGAAGAACGUGUACGGGAAUAUAGAAGAUCUUGUGGUGCGAGUGAAAAUGGCCACAAGUCGAGGAGUUCUUGAGCGAAACAUUGCUGCUCCUCGAGUCUCCUGCGGUCCUGACUUUAAUCACAUCAUCAUGGGCUCAGAAGGUACUCUUGGAAUCGUAACAGAAGUCCUCCUGAAGGUUCGUCCUUUGCCGCCUGUGAAGCGCUAUGGAUCCCUCGUCUUUCCGGACUUUGCAUCGGGAGUGAAGUUUAUGCGGGAAGUGGCCAAGAGACGCUGCCAGCCGGCUUCUAUCCGCCUUAUAGACAAUGAGCAAUUUCAAUUUGGUCAAGCCUUGAAGCCUGAGGGAAGCGUCCUUACGGGUUUUGUGGAGAAACUGAAAAAAUUAUAUCUCUUCGGGUGGAAAGGAUUUGAUAUUGAGAAAAUCUGCGUCACGACGCUCUUGUUUGAGGGUGAGACGAAUGAUGUGAAUACUCAGGAGAAGCUCAUCUACGAAAUUGCCAAGAGAUUCGGAGGAAUUCCUGCUGGAGCGCAAAAUGGGGAACGAGGAUAUGUUUUGACUUUCGUUAUUGCUUACAUUCGGGAUCUGGGCUUGGACUACAACGUCGUGGCGGAGUCAUUCGAGACAUCUGUGCCAUGGGAUCGAUGCGAGGCUCUCUGCGAAAAUGUGAAAGAGCGAGUGCGACGGGAAUGUGCCGCGCUCAGCAUUAGUGACUAUUUAAUCUCUUGUCGAGUGACACAGACGUACGAUGCCGGGGCCUGUGUUUACUUCUACUUCGGCUUCAACUCACGCGGAAUGGCCGAUCCGGCGCAUGUUUACGAGGAAAUCGAAAGCAAAGCCCGUGACGAAAUUUUGUCUUCAGGCGGCACAAUUUCCCACCAUCACGGUGUGGGAAAGUUGAGAAAGAAGUGGUAUCCGCAGAGCAUCUCCUCGGUCGGACUCAGUCUCUAUCACGCCACGAAGCAAGAAUUGGAUCCCAAGAAUAUCUUCGCAGUGGGCAAUUUAGCCAGUGAUAGUUCUGCUCUCGCCAAAUUGUAAUUGCU